AUGUGGUACUCUGACCAACGGCACCUGUCGGGAAGAGGGCGGGAGGCCCGCCGGCGUCGCGAGGAGAUGGAGGCGCUAAUUUUGAGCAGAGACCUCCUAGUGCACAAUAAGGCGGGACAACCGCAUACCUUUUCUUCGGAGAAUGGGGAGUCAAAUAUAGACGUGACCAUUUCGACGCGGGGUGCGAGGACGGAGGACUGGAGAGUUAUGGAGGAUGCUAUCGAGUCGGAUCACCGCCUAAUUGCGGAACCGCUGGUCGGAACUCCGGUGAGGUACCGAGAGCGUGGGGUGGACUGGAACCGAUUUCCGAACAUGAUCAGUGUUCACGCACCCAGCGCAUGA